AUGCCCGGAUAUAACUACGAGUCUGAUUCCCCUCUCGUCUGGUCACGGCCUACGGGCCUGCAAUCCAUAUUCCAUUUUUCAUCAUCACGUUCCCAGCGGUUCGCACCCACCCCCGGUCGAAAGGCGCACGAGCACGUCCCUCGAAUGAAGAAACCUACGCUCAGCAAGCACAGAUCCCUCUCAGCCCUCGACGUGUCCUCGCCCAAGCCCGUCGAAGCCCACCAUAGUAUUAGUACUAGUCGACCUCGACGACUAGAACCGCACCCACGCUCGACGUCCUUUGUUCCGGAUUCGUACGGCCCCUUAGGCGAACUGCCGUUUUUGGGAGAUAGCAGCGAUUCGGAGAUGGUGUUGGAUCAUUCGGUUGGUGCGCCUAUGCGAGGAGAUGAGAGGAAGUGGUCGUAUGGAUCUGGAUCGUCUAGUGCGAGUGGUGCGGGUAUGGGGCUCGCGGAUGGGGAUGCGAGGGAGGGAUGCCACGAUGAUCUAGGAGGGACAUCUAAGGUGGAAGCUGAUUCGGCUGAAGUGGUGGAUGAUGUAGUUAUCGUGUUCCAGGUUGAAGACCGAAAAUAUAAAGUCUCACGAGCGCUGUUGACGCAUAACUCCCCACUCUUCGCCGAUCUAUUCCAGCUCUCGCAACAUGCUACGGAGGACGACGUCUUGGAAGGGCUCUCAGAAGAUUCACCAGUGGUACUCGAAGGGAUCACAGAGAUGGAAUGGAACGCGUUGCUAUCUUGUUUAUACGACCUCGUUAACAUUGGCAUGCUGCACGUCAUUCGAACUUCCAACGCAACCAGAAAACCCGUCUUCUCCGUCUCGCAACGCCUCUCCCUCCUCCGUAUCUCCCACCGCUUCCAAUUCCCCUCCAUCUUCUCCCAAACCCUCCGCGACCUCGUCUCCCCCUCCCUCAACCUCAUCUCCCCGAUCGACCGUCUCCUCCUCCUCGACCAAUACUCCCUCGACCUCUCCGAACCCGAACUCAAAUCCCUCCAAGACCCAUCAAUACAGGAAGUCGCGCGUCGGGGGACGACGCUCACCCAGGACGAAAUGGCACGCCUACCGUGGUCGGUCGUGUAUCAGAUCCGACUCAUCGAGAGCGGCGCGAACGGGUUCUUCAUGCUGGGCGACAUCGCAAACUUUGAGGAUCUGCCGGUGCAUGGGUUCGUGCUUCCCGAGGGCCGAGGGGGGAAAGCAGGAAGGAAAUAUUCGAGUUCGAGGAGAGCAGGAGGGGGGUGGAGGUGGGAGGAGCCCGCGCCUGGUACAGGGGGAAUUGGGUGGCCGGUGUAUGUGCCGCCAUCGCCGCCGCGGGGAGGGAUGGUCCCGAGACAUAGUUUGACGAGGGACGAUGGGGCGGCGAAGCCUUAUUUAAAGAAUUCACCGAAGGAUAAGGCGAAGAGGGUGUUGAGGGAUGUGGGGAUGAGUGUUAAGGGGAGGAAGUUCUCGUUGGGGUGUAUUUCGGGGAGGGGAAGUGGCCAUGGAGCUGGGACGGGUAGGGUGAGGGCGGGGAGUCUGUGAGGUUGACGUUCCACGGCCUGUUCAUUCCACGCAUUGGAUGCUAAGGGUAAUGGCGAGUUGGGAUUGGAUGGGGUAUGCUCUCGAAGGAAUACUUUGAAGCUCUGAUACCCGUCCUCGACGCGCAGCCUGCCCUGGCAUGGUGUGGCCCAUGCGUGGGAGCGGUGAGGCUGCAGGGAUUAUCGAUGCCGAUCGGUCAGCUGGGUGUGCGUUGCAGUCGUUGUCUGCGCUGGUGCUUGUGCUAGUGCUUAUGUGUGUGUUUUCCUUAUGCUCUCGCGCUUGUUUUGACGUCUUGUGGACGUUUGAGGUCUGUUCCCGGUUCACGCUUCUUUACCUACUCACACUAUUUCCACCGGGUUUCAAGGUAUCUGAAUCACUAUCUAUACGUCUCGUAGCAUGUAAUACACGAGCUGAAUUGGAUCAUUUAUGGCGUGAAGGACGCGGCGUAUCU